UUGCUCUCAUGGCAGCGCAUCCCUAAUCAACUUUGUUUUGAUAUUUUGUUGAUUUUUGCGCUAAAAAUUCGAUCAUCAAAUGAGUAAAGAGCGUAAGCCAUCCAUUUUUUGGAGAAACACGCACGAAGAAAUACUAUUUAGGCUGUGGCAUCAACAUCUCGAUGAGCUGAGAACCAAACGCCCAACCAAGCAAGUAUAUCAGGUAAUUGCCGAGAAACUCACUGAUGCCGGCUUUCAACUAGGAUGGAAAGACGUCCGCACGAAAGUUGAUAACGUGACCAGAAAAUACAAAGAGGAGCUCAAAAAAUUGCGCACAACGGGCCAGCCCUCAAACUGGAAAAACUUCGAGCACAUUUACAAAAUUCUGGGAGAAGCCAAGUGCGACGAUAAGUUGUCCAUAGAGCUGGAGCAGAGUUCUGACAUGAUUUUGACCAAGGAAGAACACUUUGACUUUGAGGAUUUGCCAUUUAGCAACUGUUCCGGCGACGAGAUUCUAGUUGAGCAGCACUUGGAGAACCUGGACUUCGUUGAGCCAAAGUUCUGUUCAGAAACAGCUGAAUAUGUUACCGACGAGAGUCCUGCACCCAAGAAACGUAAACUCAACAAAUCCGGCCAGUUGACGCCGUACGAGUCGGCAAUGUUGGACAUAGAAAGGGAUCGCUCGGAUCGACUGGAGCGCAUUGCCAUGUGCCGACUGCAGGUGAUGAAACGCAUGGCAGCGGAAAAUGCUGCUUUUCACAGUAAAAUUCUGGCUUUGAUGAAGAGCAAAAAGUAAAUAGGUAUAAUGGUAAUUUAGCUAGCUUAUAAUAAAUGUUUGCUUAUAUUGAUUGUGCUUAGGAA